AUAAUAAUAGUCAAUGAAUUUUGUUAUAUAAAUAAUGAUAGGAUGUAAUUUUUAAAAUUAACAUAAUAUGCAUAAUUUUAUUUCCAUGUAUAGUAUAAUAAUAAUAAUCGAUUAUUAUAAAUGCAACCAACAAAGUCAUUUUUAUUUGGAUAUGAAAAAAAAUUCAGUUUUAUAGACACUGAUUUUUUUCUAGUGAAAGAGAUUAAGUGAAAUAAUUAAACAAAAAUGGAUUCGAAUAUUAAAUAUAUGUGUUUAUUAUAUAUAUUUAUUGUUGUUUUUAUGUUUUCUUCUGAAGCAAUCGAUCAAUCAGACCCACAUGCAUCUACACGAAAAAAAUGUAGCAGUGAAUUUAAGUUAAGUGAUGAAAUCCUCAAACUAGGAGAAGAAAAUCCAAGUGAUUUCAGCUGUUAUCUAUUUUGUUUAUUCAAAGAUAUCAAUAUUAUGAACGAAAAAGGAGAGUUUGAUCCAAAUCUCGCUGCGCAAGAAGUACAAGAUAAUUUGAGAGAAGCUGCUAGGAAAUAUAUAUUCAUGUGUUAUGAUUCAGUCAAACCAAAUAUGACCACCGAUGGAUGCAAAAACGCUCUAGAAAUAGUGCAAUGUUUCAAAGAAAAAGCACCUGAAAUGUAUGAGAUGUUAGGACUUUUUCACCCACCAUCAAAUGAGCCUCUGAAAAUGACCCAAUAG